AUGCCUCCGAUCUGUUUGCCGUCGUCGCUUCUGCAGGCAUCUGCAGAACUUGCAAUUCUUCCUGUCCGAUCGAGCGUCACGACGUCAAACAGGUGCCGGAGCGGGCUGGCUCGGGCAUGUUGGCGGUUUGCUGGCGUGGCAGCGUGCAUUCUGCUGCUUGCGGACAUGAGAAGGACCUUCCUAGGCCCUCGGGUGACUGAGAAGCCCCUGGCCGGGCGCCUGGCAGCACCCACGCCACGCUUUACAGCCCGGAUGCCGCGGGUUCCGCGACCGGCGGUUUUCGCAGCUACUCCGGCAGCGACGAUGUUUGGCGCAGCCUGCGUCUUUCUGGGUCUGCAGUUCUUUAGCACCGAGGACAAUGACAAUGCCUUGCGAAGCCUCAUCCAGAAGUACACCAACAUCGAAAUCAUCGAUGCCAGUCCGGGCAUGGACAUUAGUCAGGAGAUUGCCAGCGGCUCAUCCCACAAACUCGUACUUCGCGGCAAGUCGGAUGAAGACAUCCAUUGGUAUGUGCAGGGGACCAAGCUGCCUAAAGUGCGCUGGUUCCUUCGUAAAGACACCGUCCUUCGAAGAGUUCUCUUCGGCGGUGGCCUAGCGUUGGGAGAGUCCUAUAUGGAUGGGGAUUGGGAGAGCGAUAAUGUGGAGCGAUUGGUCUACGAGCUCCUGCGGAUAGAAGACCUGACCAAGGAGCUCGGGGCACGGGAGCUGCCUCUCCUUGGGACAAUCGUCCUCGGGGCCCUGAAAGGCAAGCUCCUCGAGUUGCCUGGGCAGUCAGUCGAGGGGGCUAAAGACAACAUCGGGAAGACUUACGAUGUUGAGACGAUCAAGAUCUACGAGGAGAUGCUUGACAGCAACAUGCAGUACUCCUGUGGCUACUUUUACAAGCCUGACAUGACCUUGGACGAUGCUCAGUUCGCCAAGAUGGAGCUGAUCGCCAGGAAGUUGGAUUUGAGACCUGGAAUGAAACUUCUCGAGAUUGGCUUUGGGUUUGGAUCCCUCGCUUACCAUCUGGCCUCACGAUAUGACGUUCACAUCAAGGCUUGCACACUCUCGCAGGCACAGAUGGAUUGGGCAAAGGAGCACUAUGGCCAUCCCAACAUUGAGUUCAUGUAUGCAGACUAUCGUGAUGUGCAGGGCAAAUUCGACCGUGUGUACUCAGUAGGCAUGUUUGAGCAUGUGGGGAGAGCUUCCUUCGCAACCUACUUCGACAAAGUCUACGAUGCUUUGGCUGACGAUGGAAUCUUCCUGCUUCACACUCUCGGUUGGGCCAAGCGCGGCGAAUGGAAUCACAAUGGCUUCGUUGGCAAGUACAUCUUCCCAGGGGGCGAGCUGCCAACGCUGUAUCUUCUCACGGAAGAGUUCUCCGACAGAUGGCACUUGGAGGACUUUCAAAGCUUCGGAAAGAGCUAUGUGCAGACUAUGAGAACUUGGCUAGACAACCUGAAGACGUGGAACAACAUGGACGAGUUCGACACACGCUUCAAGCGCAUGUGGGAGUAUUACCUCAGCUGCUGCACUGCGGCUUUUGAGAAGAGGAGGAUAAAGGUGUGGCAGUUCGUCUACACGAAGCAGCUGAGCCCAAGGCUGAGCGACUGCUACCACAUCCGGCGGGAUGCCUGUAGCAUUGAGAGCUUAGCUCGUGAAACGGAGGCCGCUCGAUAG